UUUAAAACACUGAGAAUGGCCGAUUUAUCGUCAAUCUUCGAUUUCGCGGAAAUCCACACGCGUUGUAAGCCACAUUAUGGCUUACAACAGAUUUAUAAGCCUAGAUCGACGGCUACAAUACAACCAAGAGAUGCGGAUAGAAUAUAUUCAGUUCAUGAGAGAGUAUGAACAACUUGGACAUAUAUGUAGGGUUAUGUCUGAUGAUUUGAUGGACCCAAAUUAUUUUAUACCCCACAUUAGAGUGGUAUUCGAUGCAUCAGUCAAGACGUCGACUGGGUUGUCCUAAAAUGGCAUUACGUACACUGAGCCAGUGGUGCAAAGUGACCUGUUCUCCAUCUUGCUCAGAUUCCGGAUACCAAAAUUCGUUUUCACAACUGACAUUAAAAAAAUUUAUAGACAAAUAUUCACCCUUAUUAUGUAUGUCGUAGUCGAAUUUCGAGAGCAGUCGUAGUCGAACUCGAAUUUACAUUUCGUUGGUAUUAUGUAAAAAAAAUGACGUGAGUGUUUUUGUAAUAGACGUAUCCUACAUAUUUUAAUAAAUUCUGAACUACCCAGUGAUAAAAACAUCAGCUGAUUGAAAAUAUUUGAAUUACAAUUGCCGGCUUUUUAAACGUUUCGUAAUAAAAAGUAAAAAAGUAAAAUAAAAAUGCUAAGUGUUGCAAAUUUUUCAUCUUCUGACGAAGAAGACGAAACCAAUGCUUAUAAUCUUAUUUGUUAUCGCAGGCAGAUAAGAAUUCAGUCAAACAUAUUUUCCCUUCCAAGUUCAAAAUUUGUAAGCAAUUUUAGACUGAACAAAGCGUCUUUUCGGUACGUUCUAAGGACAAUUUCACAAAAACUUCGUGAUCCCUCCAGAUCAACAUGUGUGCCUAAAACUUUGCGGCUGGCAGCAACACUAAGAAUACUCGCGGAAGGUAGCUACCAAAAAGGAGCAGGAAACGAUUUCAACGUGGGCCUGGCACAACCCACAAUGAGUUGUGUCUUUCACGAGUGCAUAGAUGCGAUGUAUAGCGAACUUUGCUCCAAAUGGAUUACAUUCAAAAUGAGCGAAAGGGAAAAGAUGGAAAUAAAGGAACAUUUCUAUGGCCAAACGAGGUUUCCGGGCGUAAUUGGCUGUAUUGAUGGCACCCAUAUAAAGAUUUUGGCUCCAACUCUAUCAGAACGUUGGAAAUACUAUAAUAGAAAGGGAUUUUAUAGCUUAAAUGUGAUGGUGGUCUGUGAUCAUAAACUAAGAAUACGUUAUAUUUCACCAAGCCAUCCAGGUUCAGCACACGAUUCGUUGGUAUGGAAUGUUAGUGAUCUUAAAGCAUAUCUUGCAGAACGAUAUAAUAACGGAGAAAGAAACACAUGGCUUUUAGGUGAUGCAGGAUAUCCACUAGAACCAUAUUUAAUCACCCCCUUUAGGGCAGCAGAAGAAGGCAGUGCUGAGUCUCGAUUUAACACAGUACAUUCAAAAGCAAGAAAUAUUGUGGAAAGAACAAUUGGUGUUGCAAAAAAUAGAUUCCGCUGCCUGCUUGGUGCGAGACAGUUGCAUUAUUCUCCAGAAAUGGCCGCGAAGAUUACCGCAGUUUGUGCAGCUUUACAUAAUAUAUGCAUCCACUAUAAACUCGAUCAUAGUGAAUUUGAAAUCCCUUUAGAAAAUCAAAAUUCAGAUGAAGAAAAUAAUGGCGACAUGACAGCAACAAGUAUAAGAUUAAAUAUCAUGAACACAAUGAAUGUAUAA